UAAGGGCUACUUUCGCUGUUUUCUCGUCAAACAAAAUGGCCGACUACUAUGGCAGUCUCGCCGAGUUCACCGAUUUUGCUGGCCGUGUAGAAGAAGUUGCACAGGAUGAAGCAUAUCGUUAUGCGCCGCCGUUACGCCCCGUUCUCAGGGAUCGGCAGAAUCCAAUAGAGGCCUAUAACGACGCGGAAUUCCUGUGCCGGUACCGCUUUUCCAAGCGAGCGGUGAUGCGGCUGUUGGAAAUGCUGCCGCUACGCCCAAAGGACCACGAACGCGGUCACCCUGUUCCGCCACUGCUCCAGCUCCUCAUCGCGCUGCGAUUCUACGGCGCCGGAACCUUUCAAGUUGUUACCGGGGACCUUGUUAAUGUGUCUCAAGCAAGCGUGUCACGCAUCAACACACGCAUAUCAAGAAUGAUAGCUGACACAUUGUUCCCGCAGCUUGUGAAAUUGCCCAACGCCACUGAAGCGGCCGUGAUAAUGGAAGAAUUUUAUGCCAUGGCGCGUUUCCCUGGUGUAAGCGGGUGUAUAGAUUGUACUCAUGUGCGCAUGAAAAAUCCCGGCGGAGAAGACGCGGAGGUGUUCCGGAAUCGAAAGGGCUACUUCUCAAUCAAUGUCCAGGCGAUCACAGGGCCUCAGCUUCAAUUUUUUGAUUUGGUGGCCAGCUGGCCCGGUUCGGCUCACGACAGCCGGAUAUUCGACAACAGUUGGGCCAGAGUACAAUAUGAAAGAGGGACUGUGCCUGGCAUCCUACUAGGCGACAAGGGGUAUCCCUGCAGGUCCUACCUCAUGACCCCAUUUAGGGACAGAAGGACGAAAGACAGCCCUCAGCACAGGUACAACAAGUCCCUCUCGCGGACUCGCUGCAGUGUGGAGAGGACGUUUGGAGUGUGGAAGCGAAGGUUCCCAUGCCUCGACAUGACGCUUCAGAUAAAAACAACAUCAGUUCCCAUCGUCAUCACAGCUUGUGCCGCACUCCAUAACUUCAGCCACCUCCUAAGAGAACCAAUCCCGCCUCCACCACAAAGCCAGGAAAACCAUGACAGCGGUUCGCCGGCUCCUACGUCACCUGCUCCACCAAGACCACCAGCAAUGCCACCUGUGCCAGACACAGCAAGCGGUUUCAGGAUGAGGGAGCGCAUAGUCACACAGUAUUUCGCUUAAACGAAAUGACACAAAAUAACAGAGACAUGACUUUAUUCGUACUGUUUUUUCAUUAUGUUGAGUUGGAGUUUAACCAUUUCUGCCUUUGCUUUCUGAUUAGCUAUUUUUAAUCGAAACAGCUCCAGUUUUUCACUGUGCUGUGCUUUCUUCUGCUUGUGUU